AUGUGGGCGGCUGGCAGCGAGCUGGCAAUGACGGUGGACAACCACAACUCGGUGCUGGGGAUCAGAGAGUAUGCUCUUAGAGCUGGUGCUACAGUGUCUGUUGUUGAUAUUCGCUAUGAGGAUGACUAUAUGGGGGAUGAGGAGGAAGAGGAGGAGGAAGAAGGGGGCGAUGAGGAUGAGAGUGAGAGUGGGAGUGAGGCUGGGAGUGAAUAUGAGAGUGGAAAUGAGAGUGAGAGUGAGAAUGGGAGUGAGAAUGGGAGUGAGAAUGGAAAUGACAAACAGGAGAGGAGAGUGGAGAAGGUGGGAGUGGAUGAAGUGAGGAUAAUGAAGGAGGAAUUUAAGGAAGAAGAGGGAGGAGAGGAUGAAGAAGAGGAGGAGGAAGAAGGAGCAGAGGAGGAUGAAGAAGAAGAAGCAGAGGAGGAAGAAGAAGCAGAGGAGGAGGUGGAAGAGGAGGAAGAGGAGGAAGAGGAUAAAGAUGAGGAGGAAGAGGAUGAAGAGGAUAGGAGGGCGGGUGUGAGGUUGGGUAGUGGGAGGAAGGUCCGAUUUGCUUUGCGUGGGAGGAGGAGCAAACGUAAGGGGGCGGAGGAGGAGGAGGAAGAGGUGGAAGAGGAGGAAGAGGAGGAGGAGGAGGAGGAGGAGGAGGAGGAGGAGGAGGAGGAGGAGGAGGAGGAGGAGGAGGAGGAGGAGGAGGAGGAGGAGGAGGAGGAGGAGGAGGAGGAGGAGGAGGAGGAGGAGGAGGAGGAGGAGGAGGAGGAGGAGGAGGAGGAGGAGGAGGAGGAGGAGGAGGAGGAGGAGGAGGAGGAGGAGGAGAAGGAGGAGGAGGAGGAGGAGGAGGAUGAGGAGGAGGAGGAAGAGGAGCAGGAGGAGGAUGAGGAGGAGGAAGAAUCAGAAGCAGAAGAUGAAGAAGAGGGGAAAGUAGGAGUGAGGGUAGGUGGAAGAAAGAAGGUUCGAGUGGUCUUACAUGGGAGCAGCAGGAGUAAGCGCAAGGGAGCAACAGAAGAGGAAGAGGAAGAGGAGGAGGAAGAAGAGGAGGAAGAGGAAGAAGAAGAGGAGGAAGAAGAGGAAGAGGAAGAAGAGGAUGAGGGAGAGGAGGAUGAGGGAGAGGAGGAAAGGAUGGGCGUGAGGUUAGGUGGCAAGAAGAAGGUUCGAGUGGUCUUACCUGGGAACAGCAGGAGUAAGCGCAAGGGAGCAACAGAGGAGGAAGAGGAAGAGGAGGACGAAGAAGCGGAGGAGGAUGAGGAGGAGAACGAAGAAGAGGAAGAGGAGGGAACGGUGGGAGUGUUGGUGAGAAGGAGGAAGGUUCGAUUGGCGUUAGCUGGCAGCAGCAGGAGCAAGCGCAGUGAUGUGGUGGGAAAGGAAGCUGAAGCAGUCUCUGCCGGUGGUUGUACUGGUAAUGUGCGGCAACCCCUAAGUGCUGCAGAUGUCAAUUUGAAUGCACGGACUGGUGGAGCAGUGGGGCCAGCAGCAGCGAUUGUGAGUGGGAGGGACGGUGAACCUGUAGGGGCAGCAGCGAGUGUGAGGACAGGUGAACCUGUGGGGACAGCAGCAGAUGUGAAUGCGAAUGCAGGGACAAGUGAACCUGUGGGGGGAGCAGCAGCGAGUGUGAGUGUGAGGACUCCUGAACCUGUGGGGGCAGCAGCGCUUGCUGAAACCAACCCUUCUGAUUCCACUGUUCUUGCCGAACCAGUGCUGACCGAACCACAGAAUGGCAGGGCUGUUUCCGAGCCUGGACAGGAGGUUCGGCCAGGUGUGGCUGCUCCAGCUGUGGCUGGGGAUGGUGGGGCCGGAGCUAGUGGGAGUGGGGCGGGUGAGACUGGGGCAGGUGGGACUGGGGCAGGUGGGACUGGGGCAGGUGGGACUGGCUUAGGAGGAAGAAGUGAGGAGAAGGGCCACGAGGGAAAAAGGGGUGGAGAGGCAGGAUCAGGGUCAAGGGAUGUGAGAACAGAGCAUGAGAGGCCUUCUGAGUCGUCUCAACUGUCAAGGGAUACAAGGGCAAGGGGCAUGAAACAGCAUCGAGCGGCGGAUCGGAAGGGUAGAAGGGUGGAUGGAAUGGUGGAUGGUUGUCCAAAGGGCACAGUCCUUCGAGGGGUGGUAGAGGGGGUGUCCCUUCGCCUGCUGAACCGAUUCUCUCGGGCAGCAAGGGAAGGGAAGGCAAGGGAACACAAGGCACUAAAAGCGCCAACGGCACGACGGGAAGAAGCUGUUUCAAAGCCGCCUGAAGAGGUGUUUUCAGGGGCAGGGAAGGAGGAGGAGCGGCAGCAGCAGCGGCGAAGGCAGAAGCAGGAGGGGCAGGAGGAGUUGCCGUUUGUCCCAUGCCUGUUUGCAAUGCCUGCAGAAAGUAAUCUUAGCGGCGAGAAGCUUGAUCUGAGGGUGGUGCGGGCGGUGAAGGAGGAGAGGUGUUUGGAUGGGUGGGAGGGGUGGAGCCGGGAGGACAGAGGAGUGGAGAGCGGUGAUGGUAGGAGACGAGGCAGGGGGAGAGGGAAAAGGAGAAGUGAGAAGGGAAUCGAGGAGGAAAGAGAGCAAGGGAGAGAGAAGGGAGGGGAUGGCACAACAACUGCUGGUGCCUCUCAAACUCAACAACUACAACAACAACAGCAGCAGCAGCAGCAGCAGCAGCAGUUGCCUGCACGCAAGAGAGCAUGGGGCGGCCUCUGGGGUUGGCUGGGAGGAAGUCGUGGGACAUCCGGUGCAGCAGAUGAGGAUCAAGGGCAGGUCGAUAGCAAUGGUGCGGCGACUGGUGGUGGAGCUGACAGGGGUGCUGAUGGUGGGAAGGCCCAGGGUACAGGUGAGAUAUCCUUAUCCCGCUUUCGACCCCUCUCCUUCUCCACCGCUUCUGCCCGGCGCUGGUUCGUGCUUCUCAAUGCCGCCAAAGCUGCUGCUGAUGAGAGUAGUAGGAGUCCUAGUGGCAGUGGUGGUGGUGGUGUAUCCAGUAGUGAAGGCGCUUCUUCUCCCGCUCUUCCUCGGCGCUGGUUCGUGCUUCUUGAUGCUCCCAAAGCUGCUCCCUCGGACCCUCCGGACCUAUGCCACUGCCCCGCUGACUUCGUUGCACUCUCCUUCUACAAGGUGGGUUGCCCCCUCCUCCCCAUGCCCCCUCCUCCCCAUGCCCCCUCCUCCCCAUGCCCCCUCCUCCCCAUGCCCCCUCCUCCCCAUGCCCCCUCCUCCCCAUGCCCCCUCCUCCCCAUGCCCCCUCCUCCCCAUGCCCCCUCCUCCCCAUGCCCCCUCCUCCCCAUGCCCCCUCCUCCCCAUGCCCCCUCCUCCCCAUGCCCCCUCCUCCCCAUGCCCCCUCCUCCCCAUGCCCCCUCCUCCCCAUGCCCCCUCCUCCCCAUGCCCCCUCCUCCCCAUGCCCCGUCCUCUGAAUCCUCUCCAUGCCUCCCGCCCUCCGGACCUCUCCCACUGCCCCCUGCGGACUUCGUUGCACUCUCCUUCUACAAGGUGGGUAGGCUGUCUCUACCCCUCUUCAUUUCUCUCCACCCCUCUCCACCUUUCCACACCACCCACUGCCCUGCUAACUUUGUCACACUCUCCUUCUACAAGAUGCUGCCUUCAUCCUCCACAAGCCCUACUUCAGUGGAGGUACGGCGAGUAGCAUGUGCUCGGUGGCAUGUGAAUGACACGGUGACAGUGGUAGCAGAGGUGACAGGGCUAGUAGCAAGUAGCAUGAUGACUCUGCAUGGCAACUUGUGCCCCUCUCAUUCAGAUGCUGCCUUCAUCCUCCACAAGCCCUACUUCAGUGGAGGCACCGUGGCAGCAGUGUUUGCAGACUCCGACUUUGUCUCUCUGCGCCCAUCGCUAGAAGCACAGUGGGAGCACGGCACUCUCCCCUUCCUCCAGCUCGCAGCAGAGCUCCCUCCAGGCUUAGCCCUGGUCACCCGCCUCUCCUUCUCUGCCAUACAACGCACAGUGGGAGGACGGCACUCUGCCCUUGGUCUCGCAGCAGCAGAGCUCCCUCCGGGCCUCGCCCUGGUCUCCCGCCUCUCCUUCUCUGCCAUCCACGGUGAGCAUCGCGCCCCUCCCCUCCUGGUGUUUGUUGCGAGUCUGUAUUUUCGAGUCAGAGUAGGUGGGAGCACAGCACUCUCCUCUCCCUUUCCUCCAGCUAGCAGCAGAGCCCCUUCCGGGCCUCGCGCUGGUCUCACGCUUCUCCUUCUCUGCCAUUCAGCGGUGAGCCCUUACCAUUCCUCCAGCUCGCGGCAGAGCUCCCUCCAGGCCUUGCUCUGGUCUCCUGUCUCCCCUUCUCCACCAUCCAACGCACAGUGGGAGCACGGCACUCUCCCCUUCCUCCACCUCGCAGCAGAGCUCCCUCCGGGCCUCGCCCUGGUCUAUCACCUCUCCUCACAGCUGAGCAGAGCGAAUUGGUUUGCUUAUGGGCGAUGGCGCGCAGGGGGGUCUCGGACAGAUGAGGGCUCGCACAGCCACGUCUCGUUUCUUGCACUCUUCACCGCUUCUCGCCUCCUCUCCCUCCGACACUGCAACGGCCAGCCCGUUUGCGUCGUGUAUGGAAGGCACAGGGCCUUGUUGCUGCAUCUUGAAAAGAGCAGAGUCGUGAAUCGGGAGAGGCGAGAGACUUCUGAUUCGAUUGAGAAGAAUGGAGUGGUGGAUUUGCAGGGAGGAGAGGAGGAACGAGAGGCAGUGUUGAAGCAGCAGGGGGGGGUGGUGGCGUUUAACCUGAAGCGCAGUGAUGGGUCGUGGGUGGGGCACAAGGAGGUGGAGAAGCUGGCAGCCAUCCACAGCAUUCAUCUCCGGACUGGUUGUUUCUGCAACCCUGGUGCCUGUGCCAAGCACCUGCGCCUCUCCCACUCCCAACUCCUCGAGAAUUACGAGGCAGGGCACGUGUGUUGGGACGACAACGACGUGAUUGCCGGGCGGCCGACUGGCGCCGUGAUUUUUCCGAUCAGUCCCUUUCUCCCCUCUCCCACAUGCGACAGACCGACUGGUUGCUUCUGCAACCCAGGAGCCUGUGCCAAGCACCUGCGCUUGUCUCAUGCCCAACUCCUCGAAAACUACGAGGCGGGGCACGUGUGCUGGGAUGACAAUGACGUGAUUGCCGGGCGGCCGACUGGCGCCGUGCGGAUCUCCUUUGGACACCUGUCAACCAUUGAUGACGUGGAGGCGUUCCUCUCCUUCAUCCAAACGUGCUUUGUGGAGCUGCCACGUCAGCACACUCCACCUCAGCACGCCACCUCUGCUGCCUCUGCUGCUUCUGCCGCUACCGCUGCCACCGCUGCCGUUUCCUCUUCUGUGUCUGCUUCUACAGCCGCUACAGCCGCUGUUGCUGCUACAGCCGCUACAGCCGCUGUUGCUGCUACUGCCGCUACAGCCGUUGUUGCUACUGUUGCUGCUGCCGAGAAGAAGCUGGAUAUAGGGCGUUUCACUAAUGGAAUAGCAAGCCAUUUGGAGAAUCGGGAGGAGCUUGCACAAGCAGAUGUGGCUAAGGAGAAUCUUUCGCGAGCACGUGCGCCUGCACAAAGUGUGACUAUAGAGGGGCUGUUUGUGUAUCCGAUCAAGUCGUGUGCUCCCAUGCGAGCGCAAGCAUGGCCGCCUGGGCCCACUGGUCUGCUGCAUGACCGGGAAUGGCUUAUCAUCAACCCUAUAGGCACUCCACUGAGGCCCAACAGGGUCCCCUCACUCUACAGCCUCCGCCCAUCCAUCAACCUCGCUUCACGCCUCCUCUCCAUCCACCUUACUCCCCAAGGCUCUCCUCCUGCCCAGUCUCCCCUCCAAUUACCUCUUGACACGUGGCCUGAUGCCAGGCUGGAUGGCGUGCGAGUGUGCGGUGACAGCGUCCACGUGGCAGUGUACCCUGCUGACGUGGCAGCCUGGCUCUCCGCCGCUCUCGGCACGCCAUGUCAGCUUGUGAGGCUCCUUCCGCACGCCCGCCAGCAGAAGAAGCUGCCUAGAAGCAUCCUCAGCAGUCAGGACAACACCAGAACCAAUCAGAUCAGUGAAAACCAAUCCAGCCGUAACGAAUCUUCCCAAUCCGCAUCCUCCUCCCACUCCUAUUCCUCCUCUCCCUCCUCUUCCCCCUCUCUCUCGCUAGCCAAUGAGGCUCAGCUGCUAGUGCUCUCAUCUGCUAGUCUGGCUGAUCUUUGGAGGAGAGUGGCACAUGGGACAGAGGGGGAGCUGAUGGCAGGAGAUGGAGGGAAAACAGAUGGGAGAACAACAGGAGUGGAUAAACCUUUGCAAAAUAAGCAAGUCAAAUCUGGUCCCUUGCCGUUGCUAGGGUCUCAUUCUGCUGCGCUUCCUUGCUGCCCUGCCGAUUGGAGCCUGAGGCUCGGUAACCCUACCGAACCUAAUGGUCUGGACUCAGGCUCGGGGAUGGAUCAAGCUUAUCCAGCACCAGCAGCAGCAGCAUCUGCCACGUCAGCAGGGUCAUCUCAGGCUGCUGACGUGGACAGAGAUGCGGAAGCAGAUGCCUCGUGGGCAUUGCGGUUUCGCCCCAACAUUGUGGUGGGCGGUGCUGACGUGGCGCCAUACGAUGAGGACAGGUGGAAGCAGCUGGUUGGUCAAGAUGCUUCCUUUGAGUCAGACGCCAUGGCUCUCUCCCUGUGCGCGAAGUCGAGCCUCGUCUCGGCCGCUGGCCUGCAGCAGCGCGGCGCUGCCCUGGAGAGAAGGCAGACCGGCGCCUCGCUCUCAGCGUCGCUCGCCCACUCAGCCGCUGCUCCUUCGUUUAAGGCUUUCGAUGGCAUGCGCGCUAACUCAACCUUCUCCUCCGCCUCUUCAUUCCUGUCCGGCGCUAAAGUUGCUGCGCCUGUGGCCGCGGAGGCUCCGGCUGCUGCCGCUGCUGAGAAGGGUUUCACCCUGACCAUUGUGGCGGGCAGGAACAGCAAGAAGAUUCAAGGAAGGAAGCUCCGCGUCGCCGUUAUCGGAGGCGGCCCGGCCGGCGGUUGCGCGGCGGAGACUCUGGCGGAGAACGGCAUCGAGACUUUCCUCAUUGAGCGCAAGCUCGACAACGCCAAGCCGUGCGGUGGAGCCAUCCCCCUUUGCAUGGUCGACGAAUUUCAGCUGCCACAGGAGAUCAUCGACAGGCGCGUGACCAAGAUGAAGAUGAUUUCCCCAUCCAACGUCGAGGUCGACGUGGGGCGCACGCUCGGCAAGGAGGAGUACAUCGGCAUGGUGCGCCGCGAGGUGCUCGACGCCUUCCUGCGCAACCGCGCCCAGUCUUACGGCGCGACGGUCAUCAACGGGCUGUACCUGAGGAUGGACGUGCCCAAGGACGACGACAGCCCCUACGUCAUCCACUACUCCGACUACGCCGGCGACUCCAAGGUCGGCGUGCCCAAGACUCUCGAGGUCGACGCCGUGAUCGGCGCUGACGGCGCCAACAGCAGGGUGGCCAAGGACAUCGACGCGGGUGACUACGACUACGCCAUUGCCUUCCAGGAGCGCAUCCGCCUGCCAGAGGACAAGAUGGCGUACUACGAGGAUCUUGCGGAGAUGUACGUGGGUGAUGACGUGUCGCCCGACUUCUACGGCUGGGUGUUCCCCAAGUGCGACCACGUGGCGGUCGGCACCGGUACGGUCAUCAACAAGCCCGCCAUCAAGCAAUACCAGACCGCCACCAGGAACCGCGCCAAGGACAAAAUCGAGGGCGGCAAGAUCAUCCGUGUGGAGGCUCACCCCAUCCCCGAGCACCCCCGCCCCCGCCGGACCUCCAACCGCGUGGCUCUCGUUGGCGACGCUGCUGGCUACGUCACCAAGUGCUCAGGCGAGGGCAUCUACUUUGCGGCCAAGUCGGGGCGCAUGGCAGCAGAGGCGAUCGCUGAGGGGUCUGAGAAGGGCACGCGCAUGAUCGACGAGUCUGACCUGCGUGUGUACCUGGACAAGUGGGACAAGAAGUACUGGGCCACCUACAAGGUGCUGGACAUUCUCCAGAAGGUGUUUUACCGCUCCAACCCCGCGCGCGAGGCGUUCGUGGAGAUGUGCGCGGACGACUACGUGCAGAAGAUGACGUUCGACAGCUACCUGUACAAGACGGUCGUGCCGGGCAACCCCCUCGAUGACCUCAAGCUGGCCGUCAACACCAUCGGCAGCCUGAUCCGCGCCAAUGCUCUCCGCAAGGUUGCCCUCGAGAAGGCCUAA